GCAGGCGCAGUGAGGCAGCCUACACCGCCGCUUCAGCACCAGAGACCGGACAGCGGCGCCGCCCACGGGCAUGGAGAGAGGAGACAGCAGCGGCCCUAGCCAGGGUCCGGGCCCCGGCUCCGCAUCCACCCUUGGCCCCAGGGCGGAGCAGCCUCCUGAAGAGCAGCACCUAGCCCCAGACAGCAGUCCCCUAGACAGUUCCCAGACUGAGGGCCCAGUGCCUGAUCCAAGCCAGGAGAGAAGAUGCCCUCUCCACCGAUGCCCAGUUACCACACCCCUCAUCUCUUCAGGCCCCUUGCCAGUUUCAAGUACCCUCCAACCCCAGGGUCAGAACUUAUCCAGUCCCUCAGGUCCUCCCCGAUUCUCUUAUCCCCGGGCCCAGCAGGAGUACCGAGGUGGCUACACCUUGCCUGGGCCUGGGGACAGAACUGCCCUGUGCUCCCACCACUCGAGCCUCAGCCCCUCCCCUGUCCCCUCACAGAGGGAUGGCUCCUGGAAGCCCAGACCUGUGCAGCACCAUGUGGUAAGCGUCAGGCAUGAGCAGGCUUUUCGGAUACCAAGGAGCUACUCCCAGCUGAUUGCUGAGUGGCCCCUGGCUGUGCUGCUGGUGUGCCUGUCCAUUGUCUUGCUCUGUACAAUAGCUGGGCUGCUGGGCGGACAGAUGCCUGACUUCUCAGAGCCCUUACUGGGCUUUGAGCCUCGGGACACAGACAUUGGGCGAAAACUGGCAGUCUGGAGAAUUGUGCAGGAACUCACUGGCCACAAGAAGGUGUUCUCAUUAACCCCUGACCCUGACCUGAAUAGUUCUGACAGCUCUAUUACUAUGAGCCCCCUGGACUGGGGCAGUGCCCAGGAAGGGCUGGCCCGGCCUCGUAGGAUGGUGGAAUCCUGGGAGGACAGAGGACAGGAUGGCUUCUUCUGUGGCCCCCCAGAGAACAGUUACUCGCAGUUGGUGUUCAUGUCCACCACAGCCGGCAGCCUGUGGAAUCUGCAAGCCAUUCAGUCCAUGUGUCGAAUUGAGCAGGAGAAGAUCCGCUCCCACGCCCAUUUCAGGGACCUAUGUCAGCGCACCUCGGCUGACGAGUGCUGCCCCAGCUGGUCCAUAGGCAACUACAUUGCUGUGCUCUAUAAUCGCUCCUCGUGCCUGGACAUCACCCAGGGGGACAUUGUCCGCAUGCUGGCUCUUCUACGGGCCUGCGCCCCUUAUUACCACCGUGGUACCCUAGUGCCGGCCUGCCUGGGUACCCAACGGGAGAAGCACCCGCUCUGUACCCAUGUGCCUGAAAAGUGUGCCCGAGUCAGUGCCAUCUACCAACUCCUGCACUUCCUAGUCGAUCGAGAUUUCCUGAGUCCCCAGACUGCUGACUACCAGGUGCCCUCCCUCAAGUACAGUCUUCUCUUCUUGCCUACCAAGAAGGGGGCCUCCAUGAUGGGCAUCUACCUGGACAAUCUGGCCUCCUCCUGGGAGCUCUUCGACAACUACACCUCCAUCACAGGAAUGGACCUAGGCCUCAAGCAGCAGCUGUUUCAGCACUACCUAGCCCGGGACACAGUGUACCCUGUGCUGGCUCUUGGUGCCAUCUUUCUCAGUAUCUCCUUGUACCUCCGCUCCCUCUUUAUCACACUUAUGGUUUUGCUGGCGGUGGUAGGAUCCCUGCUAGUUGCCUUCUUCCUGUACCGGGUGGCUUUCCGCUUGGCCUACUUUCCCUUUGUCAAUCUGACUGCUGUUGUCUUGCUCAGCAGCAUCUGUGCCAAUCACACCCUGGUCUUCUUUGACCUGUGGAGCCUCAGCAAGAGCCAGCUCCCCUCCUCUGGGUUCCCCCAAAGGGUCAGCCAUACCAUGCAUCAUUUUGGCUACUUGCUCUUGGUCUCUGGUCUCACCACAGGCACAGCCUUCUAUGCCAGCUACUUGAGUCACUUAACUGCCAUCCGAUGCUUUGCCAUCUAUAUGGGUACUGCUGUGCUGGUCAAUCUGGCCCUCAUGCUCACAUGGUUGCCCUCCUCCAUGGUGCUGUAUGAGCGUUACCUAGCCCCUACCUGUGCAGAUAGGCCCCAGGGAUACUGGGGUGGCAGUAGGCACCGGAGGUUAGCCUUGGCCCUGCAGCGGCAGCUUCGUGCCCUGCAGCGGGCCCUAACAGGCACCUCUCAUCUGCUCUUCCAGAGGCUGCUGCCUUGUAGCGUCAUUAAAUUUCGUUACAUCUGGAUCUGCUGGUUUGCCGCACUGGCAGCAGGAGGCGCCUACAUCGCUGGCUUCAGUCCACGGCUGCGGCUUCCCACUCUGACGAUGCCCAGGGGACAAGUCUUCCGACCUAGCCACCCCUUUGAGCGCUUUGAUGCUGAAUACCGUCAACAAUUCAUGUUUGAACGUCUGCCUCAGGGAGAAGGUGGGCACAUGCCCGUGGCAAUGGUGUGGGGCAUCCUCCCUGUAGACACAGGUGAUCCCUUGGAUCCCCGGAGCAAUGGCACUCUGGUGAGUGACCCAACUUUCUCUGCCCGUGGUCCUCAGGCCCAGCGUUGGCUACUAACACUUUGCCACCGGGCUCGCAAUCAGAGCUUCUACUAUGUUGAGCAGGAGGGGGAGCCCACUCUCUGUUUUGUGGAGGAGCUGCAGCGCUGGAUGGCUGGUCAUCGGUGUGCCUACCAUGGCCCUGGUCUCUGCUGUGGCCAUUUCCACUUCCCCUUCGGUCCCCAGCUCUUCCUGCAUUGUCUCAAGAUGAUGGCCCUGGAACAGAGUCCUGAUGGAGGCCGGGACUUGGGGCCUCGGUUUGAUGCUCAGGGCAAUCUGGUGGCCCUGGUUCUGCAGUUUCAGACUAAUUUCCACUAUAGUGUGGAUUACAGCCAAACCCACCGCUUCUACCUGGAAGUGAGCCGCUGGCUCGAAGGAGAGCUGAGCACAGCCCCUGGUGGCCUGCGCAAUGGUUGGUUCACCAGCCGCCUGGACCUCUACAGCCUCCAGCACAGCCUGAGCACAGAGCCUGUGGUGGUCUUGGGCCUGGCCAUUGCCCUGUCCUUUGCCAUACUCCUGCUGGGCACCUGGAAUGUGCUACUCAGUCUGUUUUCUGUAAUAGCCAUCGCUGGUACCGUGAUGCUUACUCUGGGACUGCUAGUGCUUCUAGAGUGGCAGCUCAAUGCUGCUGAGUCUCUCUUCCUUUCAGCUGCCGUGGGCCUUUCCGUGGACUUCACCGUGAACUACUGCAUCUCCUAUCACCUCUGUCCCCACCCAGACCGGCUCAGCCGAGUGGCGUUCUCCCUACGCCAGAUGAGCUGUGCCACUGCUGUAGGAGCCUCUGCCCUCUUUUCUGCAGGCGUGCUCAUGCUGCCUGCCACAGUCUUGCUCUACCGCAAGCUAGGCAUCUUCCUCAUGAUGGUCAAGUGCCUCAGCUGUGGCUUUGCCAGCUUCUUCUUCCAGUCCCUCUGCUGUUUCUUUGGGCCUGAGAAGAAUUGUGGCCAGAUCCUCUGGCCCUGUGGCCGCCUGCCCCGGGACUAUGGAGUCCAUGAGCCUGGUAGGGAGAAGACUGCCCGCCACCGCCCGGGGCCUGCUGGGGUCUCUUCAGCUGCAUUCAUUGAACAAUAUGAGCUCCAGCCCCUCGCCCGCCGCCGCAGCAACAGCUUCGACACCAGUACAGCCACCAGCAAGCUGUCCCAUCGUCCCUCCGUGCUGUCUGAAGAUCUUCAGCUCCAAGAAAGUCAUUGCUAUCCCCGGGCCCCUCUGCCACCUGCCUGCCAGGAAACUCUAAGGCCCGAACCCCAGGAGCCACUUUUGGACCAUCAAGCUGUCUUUGGCCAGUGCCCAGCUCUACAGACCUCCUCCCCUUAUAAGGACAGUAGCCCAGCCCCCAAAGUCUGGGCUGGAAAGGAUUCCCAGAGUUUGGAUGCUGUGACUCCACAGUCCACAAGCCAGCCUGUCACGCCUACUCAUUCCUCCAAGGCUGAGGUGGAGGAGCCCCCUCGCUGCCUCUGUUCCUCAGCCAGCUCUCUGGAGGGGCUCAGUGUCUCAGAUGAGACCUGCCUCAGCGCCUCAGAGCCCAGUGCCCCAGUUCCAGAUUCAGCUGUCUCCUCCCCAGAGGUUCAAGAUGUGGCUAGGUCUCCAGCUCCAGAAAGGGGUCAGCUGAAUGGAAAACGUGAGACUCUCUGGCUGGCCCUGCGGGAAACUGUCUAUGCCCCAUCCUCACCUGCUUCCCACCAGAGCAGCUCUUCCUGGAAGGGCCGUGGUGGCGUUGGGGGCAGCCCUGUCGUGCUGCCCAAUAGCCAGCCCAAUUUGCCCGAUGUAUGGCUCCGCAGAUCUAGCACCCAAAAUUCUGGUUAUAGCAGCUGAGACUGCUUGAACAGAAAGACGACUGAAGAAUGAAAAGGCCGGAUUGGAGCCUGAAGUUGCCACCAUGAACCAACAUAUAAAUGUUGCACCAAACUGAUAGGGAUGCUUAAAGCCCUGCCAGAUGGUCUCGUUAUGGUAUUGACUCUCUACUCUCGACUUGAGUAGUAACAAGCUAAAAGGUUCUCCAGAGGAAAAAGUUGGAUUGUCUUUAUGAUGCUGGCUAAGUGUGGGCCCUCCGGUCCCUAGAAGAGGAAAAAGGGACACUUCCUGUGGAAGGUGUUACGAAGAUAAGGCAGGAGGGGAAGUGCAAUAGAUAGCAAGACAAAUCCCAGCAGGAGACUCUGUGCCCUGGCUGAAGAAGAAACCCCCCCCCCAAAAAAAAAUGCUUUCCAGAGCUGUAUUCCCAUGGUGCUUCUUUAGUACCAGGUAUAGAGCCUUUGGGAAUUAACCAAGAAAAUCCCUCCCAAGGCUUCCGGGACUUCUUACUGACCAGAAAAACAAUGCAGGCUUUCCAGCAGCCUCCUGGAGCCUAGACUCACACUUCCUUUGGGGAACUGCUCAGAACUGUCUCAUAUUCCUUUUUCAAAUAACGUUUUUGUCCCCAGAGUUGAGCCCUAGGGUGUCUGUAUGACAGCUACCCUUGCCCCUUCAGUUUUAUGGGUCUGACCAGAAAAUUUCCUGAGACCUGAGAAGUGUAUAACCAGGGAGAGGGAGGAAAGGGUCUCUUUUGUGGGUUUCUUUGCUGAGAACAAGAAAAGUUAGCUCUGGCAAUGACUCUGUGUUCCUUGAGUUGGAAAGCGCGCUUUCUAUCCCUGACGCACUGCGUUUUGGAUUCAGUUCAACAUUUCAACGAAUACACAUCAGGUCCCUACAAGUACAUCCGCCUCACACCAGCUGUGACGCUCAGCCUAGGUUUGAUAUUUGGAACAAAGUGAGGCACUUGAAAGGCAGUUAACAAAAGGAGGUUUGCUUUGCCCUAGCACAGCAAGGAUAUGCAAAAAGGACACAGUGAUUUUCAGAUACUCCAGAGGCAGCCCCCUCAUCUCCAUAUGGAAACUCUAGUUAUCAGGGCAGGAUGUGGUAAAAGAUGUGGGAAUUUGAGGACUCUUCAGAAAUCCAGCAAGUCAGGAGCUCUGACUGCCUGGGGCUAUGACAAUUUAUGCCUGUAGGUGGCCAGGAAGCUUUUUAGGAGACUCUGGGGCCAUCUGGGUCCUAGGAAAAGCUUUGUAAACCAAAACUCUAAGGAUUAGAGAAGGAGGAAAG